UGAAGGGUUGCAGAGAUACUUACCCCUCACCAGCAGGAAGCAAGCUAGCUGAAGGUUCUUCACGGCUGGGUGCCCAGGCACAAGCUGUUCUAUCCAAAGCACUUCCCUGAGGGCAUCAGGAUGCUCUUUAGAGCUGGACCUGUGAGGCAGUCUGGAGGAAGCUGAACUGAGCCCCUCCCAGAGGCGAUCAGUCCCCACCCCCAGGUAUAAUCCCUAGCCCCAGACUGGGCUCUCCCACCCACUCUCAACAACACCAUGAAGCCCACCCUGCUCAGCCCCUUUCUGAUGUUCCUAACCUUCUCUCUGCUGCUACCUCCACUGAUGGGGAGCUUUCUUUUUAAAGAUCCUACAAAGACAUCCCACAAAAGUGCUCCACCUUCUUCCUUGGAGUCUAGUUACUCUUUUACUAGUACUGAGAAUACCACACAAGUCCCUGAACAUACAGGGAUCACUUUGAAGGAUUCAGCUUCAGAGAAACCAGGCCAAUGUCCUAAGGAUUUCCUUCCAUGCAAAGAGCUAUGCCAUGGAGAUGACUCUUGCCCCCAUGGACAGAAAUGUUGCAGCACAGGCUGUGGGCACACGUGCCAGGGAAACAUUGAAAGAGGACGGUCUGGCCAUUGUCCGUUUAUCCUCCAGAACCUUUGUAUAACAAGCUGCAAAAUUGAUGAGAACUGUCCACAUAGAGAGAAAUGCUGCAAGUCGGGCUGUGGUCAGUUCUGUGUGGCCCCUCUCCUAACUGAAAACUCCACCCAAAUUCCUGAGGAGGAGCCUUCCCCGCAAAACUUUACUGAGAUUCCAAUCUCUGAAAUACCUCCAGUUCCAGAAACCCAGGUGAACUAGGUGACCUGAUGUUCCAGAACUUUCUUGACCUCAGGAAUGGCUGGACUUCAAUGGCCUCCUGGGGUCCCUGACAUUGGGGAAUGAAUGGCCCUACUCAAUGACCCCUCAGUAUUGCCCCCAUUGCUCUUCUAGAACCCUGCAACACAGCUUUGAGGAGGGAGGGGAUUCUUUGGGCUGUUCCUCCCCAAUAAAUGCUGAUGUUUGUA